GUGAACCUGUUACACACUUGACCAACAACUUUUCGCUAGCUAAACACCUGACUAAUGAGCAAAAACUUAAGACAACACUCAGGAAACCUUGAUGGAAAUUCGCAGGGGAUGAAGUGGUUUGACAGAAUGUCGCUCAGCAGCAAAUGGAGUAAGAGGAGGAGUAGAAGGAGCAGCAGUUGCAGCAGCAGUGGUGGUAGUAAUGUAUUGCUGCUAUCGUUUACCGUCCUGGUUGCGGUGACCCUGAUUGCGGACCCUGUGGCGGCUCAAAAGCAACGAGGUAGCGCCGCCUCGGAAAAAGUGCCGGUCCUGAACAUUGCAGUUAUCCUGGGACGCACACGCUACAUCUCCGACCGGGACAUCCGGGCGCUGUGGAGCAAGGAGGACCCCAUCGACGUCAACGUGGUCACACUACUGGUCAAUGAGACCGAUCCGAAAAGCAUCAUCAACCACAUGUGCGACCUGAUGUCCGGGACAAAGAUCCACGGCGUGGUGUUUGGGGAUGGCACCGACCAGGAGGCCAUCGCCCAGAUUUUGGAUUUUAUUUCCUCGCAGACGCUCAUACCCAUCCUAGGCAUCCACGGAGGGUCGUCCAUGAUCAUGGCUGAUAAGGAUGAUAAGUCGACUUUCUUCCAGUUCGGGGCCUCUAUCCAGCAGGAGGCUCUUCUGAUGCUGAACAUCAUGGAGGAGUACGACUGGCACAUCUUCUCCAUUGUGACCUCAAAGUUCCCCGGCUACCAGGAGUUCAUCAACAUCCUUAAAACGACUGUGGACAACAGCUUCGUGGGCUGGGACCUGCAGAAUAUCAUCGUCCUGGACGCGGUGGAGGAAGACAGCCGGUCUCAGAUCAUGCUGAAGAAGGUCCAGUCCCCGGUGGUGCUGCUCUACUGCUCCAAAGACGAGGCGGUGUACAUCCUGGAGGAGGCGCGCUCCCUGGGCCUCACCGGAUUCGGAUACAUCUGGAUUGUGCCGUCGCUCACCACCGGCAACCCGGAUUUAACGCCCGAAGCGUUUCCGCCGGGGAUGCUCUCGGUGUCGUACGACGACUGGGACUACCCGUUGGAGGCGCGAGUUCGGGAUGGUCUGGGCAUCAUCACGUCGGCAGCGGCGGCCAUGUUGGAGGAGUAUGGCGACAUCCCCGAAGCCAAGACGUCCUGUUACGGGGCGAUGGAGAAGACAUCCAAGUUGCCACCCAGUGCGCUACAUAAGUACAUGAUGAAUGUGACAUGGGAUGGCAGGGACUUGUCAUUCACAGAAGACGGCUACCAGGAAUUCCCAAAGCUGGUGGUCAUUGUUCUCAACAAGGAGAGAGAGUGGGAGAAGAUGGGGAAACUGGAAAACCGCAGCCUGACACUGAAGUACCCGGUGUGGCCGCGCUUCAACUCCAUCGGUGACGCCGAGAUGGACGACAACCACUUGUCCAUCGUCACGCUGGAGGAGAAGCCUUUCGUUAUUGUGGAGGACGUUGAAAGGCUCACUGGUACCUGCAUGAGGAACUCCGUGCCCUGCAGGAAGCACAUAAAAGACAACACAACUGAGGCUGGGGGGACAUACAUUAAGAAGUGCUGCAAAGGCUUCUGCAUCGACAUUCUGAAAAAGAUUGCCAAGUAUGUAAAGUUCACCUAUGACCUGUACCUGGUAACCAAUGGCAAGCAUGGCAAGAAGAUCAACAAUGUCUGGAAUGGGAUGGUGGGAGAGGUGGUCUAUAAGAAAGCCGUCAUGGCCGUCGGAUCUCUGACGAUCAAUGAGGAGCGUUCUGAGGUCAUCGAUUUCUCCGUCCCGUUCGUGGAAACCGGGAUCAGCGUCAUGGUCUCCCGUAGCAACGGAACGGUCUCCCCGUCAGCCUUUCUCGAGCCAUUCAGUGCAUCAGUGUGGGUCAUGAUGUUUGUGAUGCUCCUACUGGUGACUGCAAUGGCUGUCUUUAUGUUUGAGUACAUCAGUCCUCUUGGAUUCAACCGAAACCUGGCGCAGGGAAGAGACCCCCAUGGCCCUUCCUUCACCAUGGGCAAGGCCGUGUGGCUGCUGUGGGGUCUGGUCUUCAACAACUCUGUGCCAGUGCAGAACCCGAAAGGAACUACCAGUAAGUUCAUAGUUUCCGUGUGGGCCUUCUUCGCUGUCAUCUUCCUGGCCUCCUACACUGCCAACCUGGCCGCCUUCAUGAUCCAGGAGGAGUUUGUGGAUCAAGUCACUGGGCUCUCCGACAAUAAGUUUCAGAACCCAUAUGCAUACUCGCCUCCGUUCCGCUUUGGUACGGUUCCAAACGGAUCAACAGAGAGAAACAUCAGGAAGAACUACCCCGCUAUGCACCAGUACAUGGUAAAAUAUCAUCAAACUGGAGUCGUGGACGCACUUGUCAGCCUCAAAACGGGGAAACUGGACGCCUUCAUCUACGAUGCUGCGGUGUUGAACUACAUGGCCGGCAGAGAUGAGGGAUGUAAGCUGGUGACCAUUGGCAGCGGGUACAUCUUUGCUACCACUGGUUACGGCAUUGCUCUACAGAAAGGUUCCUACUGGAAACGACAGGUGGAUCUGGCUAUCCUGGCCAUCAUCGGAGACGGUGAAAUGGAGGAGCUGGAAGCCCAGUGGCUGACAGGAAUCUGCCACAAUGAGAAGAACGAGGUGAUGUCCAGUCAGCUAGAUGUGGACAACAUGGCCGGGGUCUUCUACAUGCUGGCCACUGCCAUGGGGCUCUCCCUCAUCACCUUCGUCUCUGAGCACCUCUUCUACUGGAGGCUUAGAUACUGCUUCACUGGCGUCUGCACCGGCACGCCUGGUCUUCUCUUCUCCAUCAGUAGGGGAAUCUGGAGUUGCAUCCAUGGCGUCCACAUUGACAUGAAGAAAAAGUCCGAUUUGGACUUUAGCCCCCAGGACAAAAUGCUAAAGCUAAUAAAAUCAGCCAAACAGAUGACCAACAUGUCUAACCUGGCCGGCUCCCACAUGAACUCACCCAAACGUGAAUUCAUGCACAGCGGACCCAUGAUCAUGGACAUGAUGGCGGAGAAGGGCAAUUUCAUCUACGCUGACAACCGAAGCUAUGCUCCCAAAGAUAUGAUCUACGGGGACACCGGUGACCUGCAGUCUUACCUUGCUAACCGGCACAAAGACCACCUUAACAACUACAUCUUCCAGGGAGGCCAGCAUCCUUUGACCCUGAAUGAUGCCAACCCCAACACAGUAGAGGUGGCGGUCAACGCUGACUCAGUCCAGACCAACGCCAAGCCGCCCCGGACACUGUGGAAGAAAUCAGUUGACACGCUUCGUUCGGCGCCACCUGGACCCCCUCCGAUGCCCGACAUGCUGAUGCCAGACCCACGAAUGUCAAUGAAGACACAGCGCUACCUCCCUGAGGAUGCAGCACACUCUGACAUCUCCGACUGUUCCAGCAGGGCGGCCUCGUACAAGGACCCAGAAAACAACAAGCACCUGAAGCCCAAGGACAACUUAAAAAAAAGAUCGGUGCCAUCAAAAUACCCAAGGGACUGCAGUGAAGUAGAGCUGUCCUACUUAAAAACUAAGCCAGUCACCAGUGUGCCCAACCAACCCGGCAGAGGGGGAGGAGGAGAGAAAAUUUAUACCAUCGACUCAGAGCGAGAAAUGAGCCUGCAUUCAGACCCCAUGCACUACCGUGAGAGCCGCGGUCUCGCUGCCGACGAUUUGGAUUACCCCGAGAUUUACUCCGACCACAGUGACAACUAUAGGAAGUGUGAGCAGCCCAUCAUUCAUCUAAACUCCUCCCCUUUGCAUCACCCUGACUCAGAUCUUCUCCCAGAUCCAACUUACUCGAAACACUACAACCUGAAAGAGAAAAACAUGUCCCCACAUGAAUCCAUUGAUCGCUACAAACAGACACACUGCCGGUCUUGCUUGUCCAAAGUGUCCUCUAGCUACCCCCCAACAGGGUCAUACACCCCUGCUAUACCUGCUGCAACUUCUGCCACACGCUCACCAUACAAUCGGUGUGAAGCAUGCCUCCACACAGCCAACCUGUAUGACAUUAGCGAGGACCAGCUCCUUGCAGACCCCUUGGUCAGUCCUACCUUGCACCACCAACAGCAGCAGGAACCAGACGAAAUGUUUGGGCUGUAUUGGCCGCAGACGGAUGGGCCACAUGUUCAAAAGAGAAACCGCUUGAGGCUGAGUCGUCAGCACUCCUUCGACAACAUCAUGCUAGAAAAGCCCAAGGAUGUGGACUUGGGUCGACCGGCGCGCAGCGUCAGCCUGAAGGAGAAGGAUCGCUUCCUGGAGUCUGCAUCUGACUCGCACUAUGCCAACCUCUUCGGCAUGCGUCCCUACUCCGGCAGAUUGUUCGGCACCGGGUCCAAAUCGAUGAUGUUUAACCACAACCUCGAGGAGAGCAAGAGGAGCAAGUCCCUGUACCCGGCCCAUGGCUCGGACAACCCUUUCCUCAGCCACUCGCUGAGGGACGACACCAGCAGCAGACUGGUCCAUGGGCGUAGCUCCUCAGAUAUUUACAAACAGCUGGCAGUGGCCUCACCUGCAGCGGUCCUCGGAGCGCCCCCCAUCAAAACACGCAACGAUGCGAACAAUCUCCGCUCUUCCGUUAAAUCUACCACUUCAUACUGCUCACGGGACGGGCGGAUAGCCAAUGACAUGUACAAUAAAGAGCAUGUGAUGCCUUACUCAGCCUCUAAGACUAGUGCAUACCCGGCCCCACGUGGUGUCCUAAACUCAGCCCAGUUCAGCAAUAGGCGGGUGUAUAAAAAAAUCCCCAGUCUGGAGUCAGAUGUUUAGUUGACUAAUGAAUAAUGUGUUCUCUCCUCCUUACUGCUCUCUGGGUUUGUAUUAUAAUUUAUCAACUAUGUUAUCCACCAAGGGAUGCCAUAGCCACACUACGUUUUUCUUCUUCUCUUCAACAUUGUAAUCCAAAAGAACUUGUGCCCACUUGGGUAUGGCGGUACUUCUACUACUACUACUCUCUUUGCAGAUGAUAUCACCAUUUUUGUCCAUUCUCUGCCAUGUACCCAUGAGUUGGCUGCAUGGUCAGCACGCUGCCAUAAGGUAUCCUGGUGUAAAUGUGAGUGGAAUCAUUAACCUGUAGGUUUUUUAAAGGCUUAUGAAACGGCUUAGUCCCGUUAGUGGGACAUAGAAGGACUCCUACAUGCAUUGUUGGGAAAGAGGCAUUUGAUUUUUGAUAGAAAAAUGUAAGUUAGUUUUAAGGACCAUGGGGGAAUUUCUAUGUGAGGGGAAUUAGAGGGCGAGAGAGAGGAGAUAACCUCUCUUUCAACCACUCCCCCCCCCCCCCCCCUCCCCCGUUUCCUUUCCACAUCCACUGUCAAGCUUGCAGCUCUCUAGUUGAGGAGAAGAGGCCUGACAGAGAGGCCAGAUGGGCACGUUUGAUGUCACAGCCAGACAUGGAGGCGUCCCAGGAGGGCAGAGGCGUCACAGUAAGCUAGUCCAACGGUCUGCUGCUUGUUACUCUGACAAAUAUGGCCACCGAGACACCUGGCAGUGCAAGAGGAGAGAAAGGGAGAAAGGAGAUGAGCUAAAUGGCGCAGAGCGGAGCCUCCAGUAGUCGUUGGCAGAGGGUUUUGUCGGUGGUCUUGGUCAGAACUUGGUUUUAUAUGUUAGGCUAACGAAGGGAUAUAGUUAUGAGAAGCCGAGAGAAAUGUAGGUGCUAUCAAUGCAUAAUGUUUACAGACUGACAGAUAAGAAGACAAAAUCACUGAUAGAAAAGGACACACAAGCAGGGAAACCUGAGGCAUCUGAUGGGCAUUUCAUUUAUGGCUCUGCACAUAGAAAAAUAAUUGCAAAGUAUUGCUUUUUUAUUCUAUUAAACUAUAAGAUUUAGUAGGGAUUCUGGCAUCCGGAUCCCCCUAUGUAGGAUUUUAGUGUUUGCUUAUUUGGUAGCACAAUAGCCAUUAGUUUUAAAACCUCUCUCCCACGUAUGCUUUUGAAAAAGCAUAGCUUUCUGAAAAAUACCAUCAAGAGUAGUAGAUUAUUUUGCAUGUGUUGAUUUCUUUCUGUGUCGGAGAAGACAAAAUACACACAAAUACACUCUCAGACACAUAUUUUACAUGUUUUUUGAAAAAGGGACUGUGUCUUGCCAAAUAUGGUGGAUGGAUACUUGUACACUCGCAAACCUUUUAUCCUUGACCUUUGUGCUUAGUAAAUCAGUGUAAAUCAGUGUCAUUUUGCUGCAAAAGAACAAGGAAAUGGUGGAAGGGAAGAGAGCAAAGAGGAUAUAAAACAAGGGAGAAAAGGAUGAAAUGACAACCGUGUCCACCACCACCUUGUCUGAGUUGGGGAGGGGGUGGGUGCUGAUGUGUUUUUGUCUUUCGACCUCCCUGCAACUGAGAAACAGGGUAUUGUACAAAAAAAAACACUGACGAUUCCUUCCGUCUUUCCUCCUUCCUUCUUCCUUUCCUCGUGACACAUCACUAGAGUGUUGGAUAACUAUAGAAGAACACUUUUCUUUAGUUUUUUCAUAAAAUUGAACUUUGGUCGGUUGAUACAGCAUUAGCAGAGCUAUACGCCAUCCAACCACUACAGUCUCACUGGGGUAAUGAUCAUCAGCUACUUUUGAUCCGCUGUCAACCAGGGUUCUUGAGGAUCUGAAGACUACUUGAGAUGGAUCCCUUGUUUACCUUUAUAGCGUUGGUUGGGUUUCAAUGUGGGAUGGGUUGGGCGGGCCAAGAUGGUGAAAGAUGGGUCCGAGUAAGCUCCACUGUUAUGAGCUCAUCCAUCAUGUUUCCAUGUUAGGGUGGAGUAAGUUGUGUGUGUGUGUGCAUGGCAAAACUCGGGUAAGCUUGAAGUCUUAACCAGAACAUUUGGUUCCUAAACUGAUUGUUUAAGCAUUUGUUUGUUUGUUUUUUAGGUUUUUUUUAUAAUACUUAGCAGAAAAGACUUGCACAUGCACAUUCUUCCAUGUACACGCGUGCCCACAAACAUUUUUUUUUGUAGCAUUACAAAACUGUACAGAAUGUACAGGCAGAAAAAACAAAACAAAAAAAACAUGUAACCAUCUUAAACAGACUGAUUUGCUUGAUCGAUUGGAUUCACAAAGCCAAAUUGUAUCAAAUAAAAUACCUCAGGAUGAUUCUGUGCGUUUUGGGGGAGCUUCAUCCGUAGCAACAGAACAGGAUGCAGAUCUUUUGUAGAAAAACAAUUUAUAAAGAAAAAAAAAGAAAAACAACAACGUGAUUUAUAGCGGCCGCGAAGCAGAAUCAAACUUUCUCCUUUUGAUGUUUACCAGUCCUAGGUCUUCCAGUUCGGCUAUUCGCCUGAACUCAUGCAGCCCAAGCAAAGAGAGAGGAAGAAGAAGAGAAGGAGGGAUGGCGGUGGUUGGGGGCUUACAGUUAUAUGGCUUUGCUCAGUCGAUGUGGGGUGUGUUCCACUCCUGAGCAGCCUUAACAGAAUGGAGGAUGAGGGUCCAAAUUCUGAAAAACUACCCUUAUAUGGAAAACUCAAAAAGGAAUCUCUCUUUUUUCUUCAUGGUUUUUAAUGGCAGUCUACUGCAUUAGCCACUGUGUUUCAAUUGAAGCUCCGUCUUUAACGACCACGGUCAUAUCGCUCUGUUUUGUACUCUUGGAAUUACAGUGAACCUCUCCUUGCCUCCCAAUCAGCUUCCCCCAAUGUUGACUGACGAGCAACAUUUCUCUUUUUUUGCAUCUUAUCUGCAUAUUUAUGAUUAUGAUUAUCAUUAUCAUUAUUAUUAUUAUUAUUAUUAUUAUUAUUAUUAUUAUUAUUAUUAUUAUUAUCAUAAUUAUCUCCACAUGCUGCUUGAGUGAGCUGAAGUGAACAAUAUGCACAUGGAAAAAAUAUCAAACGGCACCCUUGCGUUUUAUGAACUCAUCAUGAUUUGUUCUAUUUGUUCUACUUUUACAGAACUGUCAUGUAAACUGAUGCUGUUUUAUGUUCAAACACACACACACACACACACACACACACACACACACACACACACACACACACACACACACACACACACACACACACACACACUCAGACACACCCUUGUGAUGACAACCCUGCUCUUUUUAAUGACAAAAAUGUAUUUUAAUUACAUUUAAUGAUAAAUAAUGAGGUGAUGGCAUGCAACCCCAGAUGUAACAAUUUUAAUGUUUUAUGUUUCUUUUUUUUGUUUGUUAUUUUUGUUAUGAUGUUAUGAUCACUAAUGCGUUGUAACCAGGUGUGAGUAUAUACAUAUUUGAGAGAAAAAAAUGAUCUAUGUUUAACACGAUGAAGAUGCUGCUGCUGUUUUGGAGGAGAAGGCGAGGACCUGACCCUAAGCGCAACUUCCUCAUUGGCUAACGGGUCGUUAUCAGGCCCAAUUUUGCCCAGUGGGGUUGUAGGUCAGGGGUCAGGGGCUUGGUUCGGUAUGGCGGGACUUCCUUGCUCUUCCUCCAAUGGCAGGUGAGAAUUACUGAAUCACCAGCUCUGCUUCUCUCUUCCCUCUCCUUCAUGUGUAGUCAGGACUUCAACUGUAAAGAAGAUAAAAGAAAAAAAGCAACCCUCUUCUUUGAGUCUGCUAUCCCUCCAAAGAUACGAGACCUCUUUUCUUUAUGGUUUGCUGUAAGAAUAGAGCUUUUUUUUUUAAACUAAUACUUCCUCAAAGACUUUUAAGGAACUAUUUUGAAUAUAUUUAGAAAUGACACCUGUAUACAUCGCUUGUAAAUUCAUACUGGAAUACAUCAUCAUGGAGAAUUAUAAAUGAUAAAGAGUAAAAACAAAUAUUUUUUGUGUGAAUUUCACAGGAGCUCUUCUGUACAGUGGCACUGUUUCUCUAUCUUUCUCUCUUUCUAUCUAUCUCUCUCUAUCCCUCUCUCUGUAGAGCGACUAGAAUAAAACUUCACCAUUCACAAGGUUUGCUGUCCUGUCAACAUUUGCAGAUUUACACACCGGGCUCUGUGUCGGCCUCACCUCAUAUGAAAGUCAUUGCUUUGAUGCUGACCGAUUGUUUUACAGAUGAUGAGAAAAGUGCUGGCCUAUUUUUCAUUGACGCCAUUCAUUCUUUUGCAGCACAAUAUAUUGCCUCUACCUUUGGUAAACAUCAAUACUCAUUCAGUAUUAAGUAUGUGUCUUUAUCAUGAGGCUCAUAAACUUUAAAAACUAGCCCAGGGCUUCAAUAUCAUUAUGUGCAACAGUUUUUAACUUACUGUUUAAAAACUCUUAUUCUGAAUUAUGUUUAAUGCAUUUUCUUUAAACCAAUGUUUUGAAAGGCUGUGUACGUAUAUCUACCUUCCUGGUAAGAAUGAAUUUCAACAAAUACUGGAAAGCCAGAGAAGCCAUAAUUUUCCAAUUGAACAAAUGUUUAAUUAUAUGAAAUAAUUUGUGUUUAUUUCACACUUAACAGAUUAAGAUACACUUAAAU